AUGGCCCCACGUUUCGCUCUCCCUGUCCGCCUCCCCAUAACCCGCACCUUCCGCGCCCCCGCGCGCUUCAACUCCAACACCUCCACCGGCCGCGCCGCUCGCGUCAUUGAGAUGGCUGCGCAAGCUGAGAAGCCAAGUACCCUCGAGGCCGGCGUGCCGAUCAUGUGGGCAAUCUGCGGUGGCCUGAUCUACACCGCAUGGAACAGGAUCGAGGAGAGGGAAGGUGCUGAGAAUGUGCAGAAGCUUUUGAUCGUUUAA